UUAAGAUGGAUGGCAUCAUAGUGUCGCGGUGAACAUUAGAGAAACGAGGCGAGCAAACUCCCGCAGUGCUUAUCAGGGUCUACGCGGUUGCGAUUUGCAUACCGGUGAGAAUACGGUACGUCGGUAAUAAAAGUGUCGGUACGCAGGAUCCUAUCACAACGAGUGAAUUGAUAUCGCAGGAAGGAGGUGGUCUUCGCGGACUGGAUUGUAUCGGUGCCGGUUGAUUGAUUGGCAGCGUGUUAUCUCUGUACAGGCCUAUAUAUAGGCUUAACCAAUUUGUCACCAUCAUCGUCAUCGUCGACCCGAUAUAUUGCACGCAUUAUAAGUUCUUAUCUCGGUUUUAUCUUUCGCGUUACCGCUGAGCAGCGCCGUUCAACGGUCAUUCCGUGGUAACCCUCGACGAGAGAUGGCGUCGACAGUGGUUUGGUUGGGUCUGCUAGCGUGCUUCUGGUGUGGCCUCUCGCUACCGACCGAUGGGGCAACCGUACAGAUCCGUAAUCUCGGAUCCGUGUCCGGAUCGGAGACCGUCACUGCAAGAACGGAGCAGCAAGUGUUACAGUUCUUCAACAUACCGUACGCGGAACCACCAGUUGGACAGCGACGUUUCCGGGAACCCAUCCCGUUGGCACCCUGGAGUGGAGUGAAAGAUGUUUCAAGUCCAGGGCGAUCCUGUCCCCAGCCGGGAAUAACGGAUAAGCUACCACCGGCAGAGCUCACCGCUGCGAUCGAGGAUUGUCUUUCGCUUUCGGUUUACACGAAGAACAUAACAGCGAAGCGUCCGGUAAUGGUCUACGUUCACGGUGGUUCGUUCUACCUUGGCAAAGCGGCCGAUCAUCCACCGAACUAUCUGCUGGAGCGUGACAUCGUGUUGGUGGCCAUCCAGUACCGACUCGGUGCCCUUGGGUUCCUCUCAACAAUGACCACGACCAUCCCGGGCAAUGCGGCCAUGCUGGACAUUUUGCUUGCCCUCCAGUGGGUUCAGGAUCACAUUGCAGACUUCGGUGGUGAUCCAAGCCAUGUAACGAUCUUCGGUCAGUCGGCCGGUGCCGGAGCGAUCAGUGCGUUGCUGUACAGUCCACGCACGACGCCGCAGCUCUUUCAACAGGCGAUCUUACAGUCCGGUGGCUCGACCGCUUCCUGGACCAUCGAUCCGAAUCCACUGGAUAAUGCGAAAGAGAUCGCACGGUAUGCGGGUUGCGAUACGGUGCGACCGAUCGAGGAUAUCGAAAAGUGUCUUCAGGAGCUACCGGUCGUUAAGCUACUCCAGGCACUCGAUAAGCAUUCGCUCGAUCGAAUGCAGUAUCAGGGCAUCAACAAUAUCGGCGGCUGCGGUAUGGUCGUUGGAGGACCAUCAAACUUCCUGCCAGCGGCACCGUUCGAUCUCAUCCGAGCCGGAAAAGUGCGCAAAGACAUUCGGCUAAUGGCCGGUGUAACGAAGCAAGACGGAUCGUUUAUGCUAACGGGCGUGUACGAUAUGCUGCUCGGAAUGGGAGUGAUCGAGAACCGGACGUUCAACCAGUUCGAUCUGAUCGACACCGUCAACCGGAUCUUCGGUAUCGAUGAACACGGUGGAGCGCUGGCAGGAUAUGAAGUGGAAUCCCUCUUUAGCGAGCAGGAUCUGGCGAGUGGAAACUUUACUCGGCUUAUCGAUGGACUCAUCGAUAUCGCAGGUACUAUCGUCAUCAAGGCGCCAGUGUUGCGAGAUGUCCAGGCCAAUGUGCGCUACAGCGAACAGCCAACGUUUCUGUACAGCUUCGAUUACCGGGGCCAGCACACUCGAUUCGGUUACGGUGCACCAACGGAACAUUAUCCCUUCACCGGUGGUGCCCAUCAUUCCGACGAUAAUCUCUACCUGUUCCCGUAUCCACCGGAAUCUUCCAACCUGAACGCAGCCGACACGGAAAUGUCGGAAACGAUGGUGGAUCUGUGGACCUCUUUCGCCCUCACCGGAGUUCCAUCGUCUUCCCGCGGUGUGCCAACAUGGCCACCGGUAACAGGACCUACCGGACCGUACCUUCAUAUCAACAAACCGGCCACGGUCGGCACAAACUUCUACGAUGAGUAUACUGCCACCGUUCAUCAACGUUCGGCCGCCGGUAAGGCACUGGCACCGGCGAGUGGUACAGUUUGCGCCUUCAUAUCGGUGCUGCUCUUAUCGAUUAUACGCACCUCAAAACCGUGCCCAUCGUGCGAAAUAGAAACCAUUCCCAGUCAGAUGCAAGCCUCCCGAGUCUACCUGAACUUUGCCGAUUGCGAGGAGGAGGACGAGGAUGAGGAGUAUCUGUGGCAAACGUUCGGUGAAUUGACGAAGAUGGAGAAGAAAAUGCGCACCUACGCUGGCAUGCAGGGGAUCAUGAAGUAUUACCGAAGCAACGAAGGGGUACUGGAAUCGUUGAGCGUGUUAAAGGUGAACAUACCUCGUGGAACACAACACGGCACAAUGCAGCUCAAUCGCAGUUUCCGCAUUCCAAUUGUGGUCGCAAUUUUACCUCUCUUGGCUGAAUUGGUUAUAGCACAAAAUCGUGAAAAUCCGCUUGUCGCGAUCGAAGGGUUGGGGCUGGUACAAGGUACCAUCGGUUACGGUGCCUGGACGGCCCGUCCUUUUAAUCAGUUCUUCAACAUUAAGUACGCAGUACCACCGAUCGGACCGCUCCGGUUUCUUGCACCGGUUCGCGUUAGCCCAUGGCCAGGUGUGAUGAACGCGUCCGCUCCCGGGCGGCCCUGUCCACAGCUUGGUCGGAACAUCUCGGAUGGCCCAUUAGCCGAAGACUGUCUGUCGCUGUCCGUCUUCACGCAGAACACGACUGACAGCCGACCGGUGAUGGUGUACAUACAUGGCGGGGCAUUUUCAGAGGGUGGUGCCUCUGAUUACGGACCAGAGUAUCUGCUCGAGAAGGACAUCGUGCUCGUAGUCAUCCAGUAUCGGUUAGGGCCGCUUGGAUUUCUCUCAACCGGUACAGCCAACAUUCCGGGCAAUGCCGGUAUGCUCGAUAUGAUCAUGGCACUCGAGUGGGUUUCGCAGAAUAUACGGUUCUUCGGGGGUGAUAGUUCGCAGGUGACCGUGUUUGGCGAGUCUGCUGGUGGUGCGGCCGUAUCGGCACUGCUUUACAGUCCCCUGGUGCGCGAUACACUGUUCAGCCGUGCGAUCAUUCAGUCCGGUUCCAUCUUUGCCCCUUGGGCCACCUGUCGAUCACCGAAGGAAGGAGCGAUGGACAUCGCACGGCGCGUCGGGUGCGAUCGUCCAGCGGAAUCGAUGGAGGAUUGUCUCCGUUCCGUGUCCGCUCUUUCGCUGAUGCAGGCCUACAACGAUCACAAGAACGCACAGUUCAACAUUACGGGCUAUCCGGACGUUGCAGGCGCGUGCAUCGUGAUUGGUGAAGCUUCGCCGUUUAUGCCAAAACACCCGAAAACAUUCGCUCGGAACGCGAUCAGCCAUGUUGAGCUGAUAGCUGGCACUACCUCGCAGGAGGGGCUGAUGUUCUGGGAAGCCGUCUAUCGGUACGGACUGUCCUAUGAUCCGGCCAACAUCAGGACAUCCUGGGAACUGUUCCAGCUCGUCGAAACCAUCAACGAACGGUUCGGUUCAAUGUCGUACGAUGGUGCCAGUACCUGGUAUCAGCUGUUCAACAGCUUCCUCACGACCGAAAUCGAUCGAGCCAACUUCACCGAACUGCUACCAGCAUUGGUUGAUAUCUGCGGUAACUUGGCCAUCAAAGCCCCGGUAAUGCAGGAUGUGACACGCUUUGCACACGCAAACGUAGGACAAGUGUAUCUGUACAGUUUCGACUACAGUGGCACCCCUUCGAUUUACAACUUCUCGGCCAAUCAGGACCUUCAGUAUCCAUAUCCAAACAACUCUUUCCAUGCGGAAGAUCUGUUCUAUCUGUUUCCACUAGGUCAGCGGCUCAAUCAGCAAGACACCGAGAUGGCCAAGAUGAUGGUCGACCUAUGGACAUCGUUUGCCACGCGUGGAGUACCCACAGCACCCCAGCUGACUCAUAGUUGGGGUCCCGUAACACACUUCAAUGGCCCGUAUCUGAAAAUAGAUCACACGAGUGUAGAACGGAACAACUACUUCAACGAAUUUACCGCUACCAUCGAUAAAGCCAGGCAGCAUCGUUCAGCUGCAUCCCGUGACGUGCUGUCCAGCAUUCUUAUCGUGUUAACCAUGUUUUACAGUGCGGCUAGAGCCGUUAUCGCCUAAUAAUAAAAUAAAUGAAAUAAAGUAUUAUUAACG